AUGGCUGAGAGAGCAAUGAGAAAUAUGCAUGUCCCAGCAUACUGGCCUGUUGAGUUCGGCGUCCAAGUCGAUGAGAAGAGAGGUGUGGUUGUUGAUGCAAAGAAUGUCAUAGCCAUCGUUUCCAUAUCCAUCAUUCCCGACGAAGACAUUUCCGCAGCGUUCGACGAGGAAGAAGUGGCCAUAGACAUGGCAGACAUUGUACUCGACGCUGCAGAGGCUGCAGACAUCGUCAUCCCUGACAUCGUGCUCAUGUCCAUAUUGUAA